AUGUUCCCAUAUGUUAUCAAUUUACAACUGCAUCUACCCAAUAGGCAAAUGAUAUGGUACUGGGAGAAACAAGAUUUGAAAAAUGUCCUUCAUUCAGAUAAUACAUAUAAAACAAUGCUGACUGAGUUUUUUCAAAUGAACUGUGUAGAUCCGAAAGCCAAAAAAUUUCUGUAUAGAGAAUUUCCAGAGCAUUAUGUGUGGAACAGGCAAAAAAAAUGCUGGACAGAAAGGAAGAUAAAAGAAUCAAUAGGCCGUGUUAAUUCAACCAAACCUUCAGAAGGAGAGAGAUUCUAUUUAAGAUUGUUAUUAAAUCAUGUAAGAGGGCCGACAUCCUUUCAUAAUCUAAUGUCUAUUGAUGGAAUCGAAUGUUCAUCUUUCAAAGAAGCUGCGCAGAAGAGAGGUCUUCUUAAAAGUGAUAAUGCCAUCUCAGAAUGUUUAGAAGAUUCAGCUUUCUUCAACAUGCCAAUCAUAGUUCGUAAACUUUUUGCAACGAUACUUGUUUAUUGUGAGUCUGGUGAUGUUAGAAAGCUAUGGAGUAAUCAUUAUGAAGCAUUGUCUGAAGACAUUAAGAAAACAAGUGCAGAUUCUGAAUAUCAUACAUUAGAAACAAUAAGAAGUGUGAAUUCUUUCUUACAAAGCAUGGGAAAAAGUAUCAAAGAUUAUGAUUUGCCCCAACUUAAAGAAAAUUGCAAUCAGUUAAAUGGAAAGCAACCAAGAGAAAUUGUAGAUGAAUUUUCUAUAAAAGUUCCUCCAGAAGAUUAUGAUGCGGCAAAUAAGUUGAAUCCCGAGCAAUACAAUGCAUACAAUGAAAUUCUAAACCAAGUGAAUGAUAACCAAAGUGGCAUUUUUUUUAUUGAUGGGCCAGGAGGUACAGGAAAGACAUUUUUAUAUCGUGCACUACUUGCAACGAUAAGAUCAAAGAAUCAAAUUGCUCUUGCAACAGCAACCUCAGGGGUAGCAGCUGCAAUAAUGCCAGGAGGUAGGACAGCUCAUUCAAGGUUUAAAAUUCCAAUCAAUAUCGAUGAUUCAAGUGUUUGCAAUUUUUCAAAACAAAGUGCCACAGCUAAGUUAAUAAGAAAAGCAAAACUUAUCAUCUGGGAUGAAGCGCCAAUGGCAAAACGUCAAGCAAUUGAAGCGCUUGAUAGGACAUUGCAGGAUAUAACAAACAACUCAGAACCAUUUGGAGGAAAGGUUGUCAUAUUCGGAGGAGAUUUUAGGCAAGUACUUCCAGUGGUUCCUCGUGGUACGAGAACAGAAACUGUGGAUGCAAGUUUAGUAAUGUCAUAUUUAUGGCCAAAAAUGAAGAAAUUGCAAUUGACAACCAAUAUGAGGGCAAUCAGUGAUUCUUCUUUCAGUGAAUUUCUAUUACGUGUUGGUAAUGGGGAAGAGCCAACUGAAUAUGAAUAUUUGAUUCACAUACCAAAUGAAAUGGUCAUAAAAUAUGACGAUGAAAAAAAAUCUGAAUAUGAGUUGAUAAAUGCAAUAUUUCCUGCAUUACAACAUCAUGCAUAUUCGACAGAAUACAUUACACAACGAGCAAUCUUAGCUACAAAGAACGAAACAGUAGACAAAUUAAAUGACAAACUUAUUGAUCUAUUUCCAGGAGAUAGUGUUACGUAUUAUAGCUUUGAUUCAGCAAUUGAUGAUGCAGAAACUCAAUAUCCAGAAGAAUUCCUCAAUUCAUUGGCUCCGAAGGGACUUCCACCUCAUAAAUUAGUUUUGAAGAAGAAUUGUCCAAUAAUGCUUUUAAGGAAUUUGAAUCCUUCACAUGGAGAAUAUAAUGGAACCCGUAUGGUCUGUCGUCAAUUUCAAAAAAAUGUUAUCCUAGCAGAGAUUACAAUGGGACAAUUUACUGGUAACCUUGUUCCUCUUCCUAGAAUCCCACUUUCUCCAGCAGAAAAUGAAGGAUAUCCUUUCCAUUUAAAAAGAGAACAAUUCCCAAUUCGGCUUAGCUUUGCAAUGACAAUAAAUAAAGCACAAGGGCAAACAAUACCACAUGUUGGAGUAUAUCUACCCGAAUCGGUUUUUUCACAUGGACAAUUGUACGUAGCAUUAUCAAGAGGUAUAUCAAUGUCAACAACAAAGGUUUUAGUCAAAGACAACAAGGAAGGAAAAAAAACCGGAUCGUAUACAAGAAACAUGGUCUACAAAGAAGUUCUAUUACCAAGAAGGAUCACUGAUUUGACCACAAAUAUUGAUGAAGAGUAAUGUAGUGGAACCUCAACAAAUCGAGACUUUGAGAAAUUUUGAGGCUGUCAACCAGGAAUCACAACAUUCAGAUCACUCAUUGUUUCACGUAAUCACGCUUGUCAGUUGUUGGCAUUUUAGAUUUUUUCUGACAAGAUUGUUCUUCACUUUUAUAGAUUCUAUUUAAUACUUACCCUCUAUGGUUUCAGAAGCGACGAAUGAAGUUUUACACAGGCUUUGCAAAUUCAAGUAUGAUAGUGGUACUGUGGAAGAACUCAAUGUUGAUAUGCAAUGUGAAUAGCAGAUGCAAUAGGGAAAAUAGUCCUACAAUAUGCCAAAGCAAUAAAGGAAACUGUAUUUAAGCAACUGCGUGUAUUUCGUAAUGGUCAGCUAAGACUUUUUUAUACACUUGAUCUAAAGGUUACUGUGUAAUUACUUGGUUUUAUCUAAAAGUAGUUCUUAA